GGGGCACAAAUGCAUCUUGUGGUGACUAUGCUAAUGCUUGUGCACAUCCUGAUGCCGAUUAUUGUCUUCAACCGUCUAAUAUACCUGUGCCAACGAUCUCCCAAAUCACCAACACCGAGUACAAAUCCAUUCACAUCCAGCACGACAACAUUGUUUUCCUUACUUGGAGCCUCAGGUGGAACCUCUCAAUUCUCAGAUUACCUGACACAUCCUAGCAACAUGCGUGUGUAUCCUGGACACCUGCACCAGGCUUCAAGCAAAACCCAUCUAAACUCUUCGUCUGGUGUUGUGAAGGCAGAAAUCCAUCGGAAUUCUUCCGAAGCUGGCAGCAGCUGCGAGGAAAAGUCUCCAGAUGAGGAGUUAGCCGAAUUGAUCAAGGAUUUUAGACGAGGAGCUCGUGGUUUGGCCGAAGUGGAGCGUUUAGCAGAGCAGUGGCGUGCAAGACACGCCACAGCAGGGGCACAAACGCAAAGGGAACGCGAUCGUAUGCUGAAAUCAAUGCGGGAGCAGUACGAUAAAUUACAAAAACAAGGAGGGGCCAACGGCGUGGAUGGUAAAAUGGGUGCACUGGAACGAGUCAGGAAACUUUUUGCCAGAUCUAGGCAUGCAAAAGAAAACGAAUCUAAAGGUGAUCAGGGUAAACCAAGUGAUGUGCAAGGUGAAACUCAUAAAAUUGGCGGAGUUAUUAGACCGAUGAGCAGUUUGAGCAUACAUAGUGUUUCUAGUUCAUCUUCUUCUGGACGUCUUAGUACUGGCAGUGUUUGCAGUGGAGCUUCCUUAGGCGAUAGUGGUACACAUUCUGAUAAUGAAGACAGAAAAAUGUCCCUGAAACAUCUAUCAAUCGACCAAACUAAGAAACAGAGCAAUUUUGACAAUUAUCUGAUACCUCCUGCUCCUAGACCGCUGCUGCAGUUACCUGUAAGAAGUAACAUAGAGCGUUUUACCAGUCCGACAGGCCAAGAACACUACAUUAGAUUUCCGCCUUCGAAUCAACCUGUGGUAACUUCUUCUUUUAAUUCGAGAACCAAUCAAACGCCUCCUUUGACACCUGUUACGCCACAGACACCUCCCCUUUUUUCUACAAUGGACUAUGGUAAUUUACCAGCUGCUCCUUUAAACACAAUACAAGAGGCGAGAGAGUAUGUAAAUUUUCGUACUGCAGCAGGAUAAAUUU